GCCAAUGGGAUGAAAGCCCUAUAGAGAGUAAUGCUAGAGGGUUGAGAGAGCAGACUACUGCGUAGCGCUAUUACAUCCACAUACAGCCAUUGCAGUACAUUCACUAUCUAGACAAGACAGUGGAUAUCUAAGCAACAAUGGGGAAGGAUCCAACAAAACCAAGAGGCAAAAUGUCUUCUUAUGCAUACUUUGUCCAGACCUGCAGAGAGGAGCAUAAGAAGAAACACCCCGAGGCGUCGGUCAACUUCUCUGAGUUUUCCAAAAAGUGCUCAGAGCGAUGGAAGACUAUGUCAGCCAAGGAAAAAGGGAAGUUUGAAGAUAUGGCCAAACUCGACAAGGCGCGUUACGAGAGGGAGAUGAAGAACUACAUUCCACCCAAAGGCGAGAAGAAGAAGAGGUUUAAGGACCCCAAUGCUCCCAAGAGACCCCCGUCUGCAUUCUUUAUUUUCUGUGCGGAUUUCCGACCCAAGGUGAAAGAAGAGACCCCGGGUUUGUCUAUCGGAGAUGUAGCCAAGAAGCUGGGUGAGAAGUGGAACAAAAUAUCAGCUGAGGAGAAGCAGCCAUAUGAGAAGAAGGCAGCCAAGCUGAAAGAGAAGUAUGAGAAGGACAUUGCUGCCUAUCGCUCUAAAGGCAAAGUGGGAGGUGGUGCAGCCAAAGCCCCUUCCAAGCCAGACAAGGUUAAUGAUGACGAUGAUGAAGAUGAUGAUGAUGAGGAGGAGGAGGACGACGAUGAGGAUGAGGAUGACGAGUAGAUAAAUAACAUUUCGAGCUUAUCUUGUUGUUUGUAAAGCAUUUAACCCCCAUGUACACUUUACUGAGGCCAUAAAAUGGGUAAAUGAAAUGAAAUAAAAAACAUUAAAAGUAAAAAAAAAAAAACAAAUAUGAAAGAAAUAAGGCUGUGUAUAUGAUAUGUUUUUAAGCUGUACAGUUCUUUUUUUUUUUUUCUUCCUUUUUUGUAUAGUUAACACUACAGAAGUGUCCUCUGUGUUUGUUCAAAUGCCCCAACCCUUAAUUUAGUUAUUAGUUCAAUUUCUUAAACAACGUUCACACACCAGUAUCCUUACCCGGUACAAUAAAACAAAAAAAAGGGGGUUGUAAAAUUGUCUUGGGAUCAGUUGAGUUUUAGAAGUGCCCAGCACACAACCUAGUUUCAAUGUGAGGAUGUAAUUCAUAUCUUAAUGUACUAUUUUUGUUUGUUUACUCUUUUUUUUUUCAGAUCAAAUUUUAUUAUCAUUAGUAAAUCGUCGUAUCAGUUAUUUUGCUGUAUUUUGAAUACCACUGUAAUUGCAGAAAUUAUAAAAAAAAAACUUGUUUUGUUGACAUUCUGGUAUGCUUCUGACAUCAAUAAACUUUUUUUCUUUUUUUUCUUUUUUAAAUAAAGAAGUCCCUUUUUUCCCCCAUCAUGGGAUGGGACUCCACCUACGUGUGGAAAUGCAUAACAGGCACCUAGGACCGAUUGUAUCAGGUGCCUAACUUAAAGCAGAACUUUUAAGUGGUUAACUGAAAUAAAUUUGAAAGAACUA